UAAUGGCUUCCCAUUCCUCAUUCUCUAGUACUCGCACACACACAAUACUGGUGCUCUUCAUCUCAUCACUCCAACUCUCGUCGGUUUCCUCAUUCGAGUACCAAGUCGGCGACAAGAUUGGGUGGGUCGUCCCCCUUGCCAACCAAACCAAAUUUUACAAUGAUUGGGCAUCCGAGAAGCGGUUCAAAGUUGGCGACACCAUCCGAUUCAAGUACAGGAAGGACUCGGUGAUGGAGGUGAGCGAGACAGACUACAAGAAGUGCACUUCCAGGCGCCCCAACUUCUUCUCCAACACCGGCAACACCGUCUUCACUCUUGACCUCUCCGGUUAUUUUUAUUUCAUCAGUGGAGCAUCGGGGCAUUGUGACAAAGGGCAGCGAAUGGUCGUUAAAGUCAUGUCGCAGGAUGAUCACAACUCUUCUCCAACUUCUUCUUCUUCUGCCUCUGCCUCUGUUGCAUUAAUAUGCCAUCGUCAUCAUCACCUUCUCUUCACCAUUCCCACUUUUCACUUUCUCCUGCAUCUUGCUUCACGCAUCGGCAUCUUUUAACUGCUAGCCGCUCCCUGCUACAUCUUUUUUUUCUUUUUUCUUUUUUUUAAAAAAAUUCCCUUUAGUAGUGAUUCUGCUGUCAUUAUUGUAUCUACUAGUAGUACUCGUCUCUACGGUAUAUUAGCUUUAACUUAGGAGAGGCUCUGGUAGUAGGUAAGGGUGCUUACUAGUUCUUAUUAGUAAUUUCUUCCCCUCUGCCUGCUUUGGUUUUAUACUUUUAGGUACUCUUAUUUUUGUGUUUUA